GAAGAAAACUUUAAAAAAGCAAACGCAGCCGUUGCUCCUGGGAAGGAGAGGCUGUGGAGUGCCCUGGGCCGUGCAGUGCCUGUGUCUGUCCCCUCAGAUCUGUGCGGCUCAGGAGAGGAGAAGCCGCCCCCGGGCGCCCCCGGGGACGGGGGGAGCUGCAGUGAGCCCGCGGAGAGCCUGGAGGUGAAGCCCCACUCGUACCUGGAGGCCAUCUGCAGUGGGCUGGCAGAGCCCGGGCCCGAGGUGCCCUGCGGGGCCAGGGGGCAGCUGUGCCCCUACUCGGCCCGGGGGCCGUGCCCCGUCGGGGAGCGCUGCCCGUACCUGCACGGGGACCUGUGUGACAUCUGCGGCCUCCACGUGCUGCACCCCCACGACCCCGAGCAGAGGAGGGCCCAUGAGAUGAUGUGCAUGGCCACGUUUGAGCAUGACAUGGAGAAGGCCUUUGCCUUCCAGGCCAGCCAGGACAAGGUGUGUUCCAUCUGCAUGGAGGUGGUGUACGAGAAACCAUCGGCCUCGGAGAGGAGGUUUGGGAUCCUGUCCAACUGCACCCACACCUACUGCCUGUCCUGCAUCCGGCAGUGGAGAUGUGCCAAGCAGUUUGAGAACCCCAUCAUCAAGUCGUGCCCCGAGUGCCGAGUGAUCUCCGAGUUUGUCAUCCCCAGUGUGUACUGGGUGGAGGAGCAGGAGAAGAAGAAUGAGCUGAUUGAAGCCUUUAAGCAGGGAGUGGGGAAAAAGCCCUGCAAGUACUUUGAGCAAGGGAAGGGGACGUGCCCCUUUGGUGGGAAGUGUCUGUACCUCCACGCGUACCCCGACGGCACCCGCGCCGAGCCCGAGAAACCCCGCAAACAGCUGAGCUCCGAGGGCACAGUGCGGUUCUUCAACUCGGUGCGUCUGUGGGACUUUAUCGAGGACAGGGAGAGCCGGGCGGCGCCGGACACGGACCAGGUCACGGAGCUGGGGGAGCUGUUCAUGCACCUCUCGGGGGCUGAGGAGGACCCCACUGCUGCCCAGUGAACAGCACAGCCCCCCACCCACAGCAGUGCAGCUGUUGAUUAGCCUUGCCUUUACCCUCUGCAGCACAGGUAGAACAAACGUGCCCUGUGGUUUACUGUGCAGUCCCGGUGAAGUUUUCAGAUAGUUUUUGUAUGGCAACAAAAAUACUAAAAUAUAUUUAAAAAAAAAAUUGACUGCAUGGAAAAAAGAAAUCCCUUAAUCACAAGAGGGUUUUCUCCCUCUCUGGCCCAACAUAUGCUGUCUUGUGAACUGAGUGGUAGUGUAAAUACAGUGCCAGGUAAAGCUUAAGCUGGUAAAAACUGUU